UAUGCAAAUGAGCGGAAAAUUCGAAAUUCGUUUUGUUCAAAGUUGAUGUUCCCUUCGAAAUGAAAAGCUUUUGUAGUUUUUAAAGAGGAAUAUAUCGCCCCAUAUUUCAAAUGUCAAAGAAGCCUGCUCUUAUUAAGACGUAUGGAAGGCACAAAUAUCGAACUGUCAAGGCGCAAACCUGGCUGUCGCCCGAAGAAGCAGUUUAUUCGCCAUUUGAAAAUCGAGAGCAACACGCUUUCCCCUCCAAAAUCGAAUCUGCGUCUUCAAAUGUUUCAAGGCCAAAGACAACUUUAUGGUAAGAUUAUCUCUUAAAUACCUCGAAAUCCUUUUUUAUUCUAAACUAAGCUUAUCAUCGCAAUGAUAAGUUGUUCUUUGGCGAGAAUCGUGGACUAGUCUGCCGAGUAAUUUUUGACCAAUUAGUUGUAAGUAUGCAUCGUCAUAUCAUUUCUUGACAUUUUUUGUUUUUAUUCUUUAGGGGCAAAACUGCAAAAAGGGCUACAAUUUACCAACAAAAACCAAGAAAUGCACAAAAUGGUUUAUUCACUCGAUCUUUAGCCCGGAAUUCCAAUGCUGAUAAUUCAGACAAAGAAAACAGUCCAUCAAGACAGCUGGAUGAAGGCCUCAGUGAACAAAGUUCCAUUCUAGUUAAUGAUAAAAUUAUAAAAAGUGACAUUCUUGCAAAUGACACUUUGGAAAGCAACGAAGAUAGCAGUUGUCAAAUUUUAGGGGAAGUUAUCUGUGUUCAAGACAGUAAAGAAUGUAGCAUAUCACCUGACUGCAGAUCGCACCACAAAAAUUCUUUUACAGAUUUUAAAUGCAACAGUUCAAGCAACAGUUUCCCUGAUAACAUCUUUGAUGUUAGUAAUGUGUUAUAUAAUUCCAACACAAGUCCCAUGGACAUUGGUUCUAAUGGUUUUGAAAAUAGGGACGGUAGUAGCUCGAAAAGUAACACCUCUGGAUUUGAUAGACAUCAACCUUAUGUCACUUCGACACCUUUAUCUGAAAAUAGUUCUCUUGAGGUAAUUAUUAGACGUCCAAGUAAGUCAAAUAACAACAAGGUCAAGUUUUUGGAUGGUAAAGUUGUGUUGAAGCCACUCAGAAUAACUCCAAUUCAGUGGAAGAAACGUUUGUCUGCAACAUCCAAUGAUAAACCAGAGAUAAACAAGAACAGUGUUCAUACACCAUCGAACACAGAUCAAAAUACAGAGCAUUUGCAAUCUUCAGGGAGAAGUGCUAGUGGGAAUUUCUCUUCAGAGUUGGUGGUUUCUCUUGAGAAACUGAGGAUUACGCCUUUGAAAAAGAGAAGAAAAACAGAGAAGUGUCAACUUUCAUUUGUGGUAAGCCGUUCACUUGAAUAAUAAUAUUAAUUUUUGUGGACAAAACAUUACUUACUUACAUCAUUAAAUUUGGGAUAGUAUGCUGUGUAAUAACAUCCAAUCUGCUGUCAGUUUCAGAAAACUGGUUUGAAAAUUAUUGGACAUCAGAUUUGAAAAUUAAUUGCCCUUUAGAUGAAAAACUGGCUGGUAAUUUAAACCAUGGCUUAACUUAUUAAAGCUUUGGCCAGAGUUUAAUGGUAAUAAGAACAAGACGAUAACAGCCUGCAAUGUCAUUUGGUAUCUUGAAAUCAUAAAGCACUGCCUUAAUUCUUGUAAAUAAAGAGUAUUAAAGUUGUCUUUCAUUGUAUUGAGUAUUCCAUAUGGAGAGGCCAGUUUCCAAAUUGCAUAUGACAAUUGACUAGUUUGAUCAGUGUUUCUUGUUGCAAAGGUUUUUUGGAGGCUACUGCAUCAGCAUUGUAGUAUGGGCAUUGUUUUCAAUUUUUAUAGGCUAUGUCUUGGCCCAUAAUGCAAGGGGCUUUUAUAUUAAAUUCUAUGUACUAGAUCACUGACUAAAAUAUGAGUAUAAUUACUCUAGCAGGAGUGAACUUUGAACAAUACAGAAAUAAUGUAAUGCAGGGUAUAUUUUUUUUGCAUAUUAAUAAAUAUGAAUGGUGAUUGCACCAUCAGCAACACUACAGGGAUCAGCAAAACCUAGAUUGGAGCUGAUCAGAUGAACUUCAAAUUAUAGUCAUGCACUCACUGACAUGGAUUGGGUCUAGAGCUAGUGGUUGACCUGAACUGAUCUGAUCCAUGAUGUUCGGCAGUUAGUUUAACACUCUUAUUACUAUAUAAAAUGAACCCAACUAACUGGCCUGCACCCAAUGUGUGAGUCUAUAGCUCAGUUGGUAGAGCACUGUAACACUGAUGCAGAGGCCAUGGGUUUGAAUAAUUAUUCCGUUAAAGUUCCCCCCCCCCCUUUUUUUUUGUUCGGGUAAAUUUGUGAUUGCUUUGUUGUUAGUAAUACAACUGUGACUAUCAUUAUAUCUUCAUUGAAAUACUCUUAUUACCUAUAAACUUAAGGAAGCAUUGACUCCUGCUAAGAAGGACCAAAGUGGCCAUGUGACUGUUGAUCAGUUGAGUGCUUUUGACAAAGUAUUGGCUGAAUGUGAUCAAGAAGCACCAGUUAAAUUUGCAGAUUUUCUUGACUCCAGGUACAGAUGCAUGUAUUUUAAUUUUAGAAUUAUUCACUCUGCAACUAGCAAUUUGCAUUGAAUGAAAUUUAUCACUCAUUUAUCCCCAAUUAACUUUUAUCUGACUGAAAACCUAAAUUUGUUAGUUUUCUUGAGGCAUAAUGUUUUUACAGUGGACACCAAAUGAGUGGCUUGUUACAACUAAAAACAAUUAUCUUGUACUUUUUGCAUCUUUUAUUAAAUUGUGAUACUGUUAGAAUGGUUAGUACCAUAUUCUAGUCUGAUGUUGGUAAGCCUGAUAUCAUGAAGCCCCAAUCUGAUGAAAUUCAUUUGGGACAAAAAAACAAGAAGCCUUUUGUCAAAGCUUUAUCCUUACCCCAUCCAUAUUGCUGUUUUUGAGGAACGUCAACAUUCUGUUAGGGUUCCAUUGUAGAUAAGACAGCUUUUGGCUUAUCUUGAGACGGCUGAAAUUGGCUAAUUCUUUUCGCAGUUUGCUGGAGAGUUGUGUUAAGAUUGGAGAGGGAGUUUAUGGUGAAGUUUUCAAAGCACAGUAUGAAAAUGGGGAGUCUAUUGCACUUAAGGUAGUAGCAUUUGUAGCUUCCAUAACAACAGACUUUAUAUUUUGUGUGCUUUAUUAUAGUCAUUAUAAAAAAUAAAUAUAAUCAUGAGACAAUGAAUUUCAUGUGUAAUUUUUUUAAUCUUUACUAUGUAAAACCCAUCUUUUUAAACUUGCUUUUGUCACAUUGUAUGUAGUAAUGUUUUUAACCAUAUUAUGUAGUAUAAAGUGUUUUAUUUAUAUUUUUAGCUAAAAUUACUAUGUUCAUUUGAGCUUUUAUUUGCUUUUUAAGAUUUAUAGAAUGAAUUAUCACAUAAUUUUGAUCAUAUUUGCAUAGAAAAUUUGCAUUUUUUUAGAUAAAUUUUUAAUUAAUUUAUUAUUAAUGCCAUUAGUUUUAAAUAUGUCGGUGUUGUAAGUUUCAAUCUUGAGUCUAUUAAUUCACCAACCAUUCAAAGCAACUAGCAUCGUGAGGUGUCUCAUAGCCAUUUGCCGUCAUUGCCUGAAGAAGAAUAUCAAUAAGCAGUUAAAAUGGUGCAAUCUACAUUGCAAGUGAUUACUAUCUACAGCUGUACUGCUGACAUGAACUAAGGCUGAACUUGUCAAACUUUUCUAUAAAAAUAUCUUGCUCCUUUUGUAUAUCAAUCUUAGAUCAUUCCAGUGGAGGGAGAUUUUCCAGUAAACGAUGAACCACAAAAGUCUUUUGAGGAAAUCCUACCUGAAAUUGUGAUUUCCAAGUAAGUCCUCUUUCCAUUUGAUAUUUCAAAAUUAUCCAGGGAUGGAUCUAGGGGAGGAUUUUAAAUCAUAAGUUUAUGAUUUGAUAUAAUAAAUCAGGGGAUUUCAUAUAAUAAAAAUCAUUAUUUGAUAUCAGUAAAACCAUGAUUUAAUUUAAUAAGUAAUAAGUAACCCCCCCUGAGAUGACCUGCGGUUUUCUAAUACAACUGGUGUUCUGUUUAUUGGUGUUGAAGUAGAGCAAGGGACGAGUGCACCCCCUCCUAACAAAAAAUCCUGGAUCCGCCCCUGUUAUCAUUAUGUUUCCACAACAGUGAUACAAAAUGCAACAUUCUUUAAUAUUAUGUUUUUGCUAGGGAGCUGAGCUUACUUGGAGAUGCUAAUGAACAGGUCAGUUUUUUCGGUGAAGCGGGUUUGGGAAGGGAGAAUUUCAACUCCUUGCCCUCCACCCCCAUCCCGACAGUCCCUAUCAGUUUGUGCAUUGCAAUCCCCUCCAUAGCCAUUAUUUACUAUUUAACCUUUGUUUGUUUGCGUUUAAACAGGAUCAAUCAGUAGACAACAUAACUGGAAGUUUCAUAACAGUUCACAGGUUGGAGAAAUUAAACAUUUUUCUGUUCGUAGUAGGUGAAGCUAACUAGAAAUACUUGUCUCGCCAAACCUCGCGCUUCUCGAGGCGAAUAGGAAAACCGAAGUUUAUAACCCAUUUCGGCGGGGACAACAACGGACUGCCUUUGGCAGGAGCGUAGCGUCCAUAUACAAUACGCCCAUGCGAACAGCCGGUGAUUUUUAUCAUUUAAUCGUGAUGGCUGAUAACUUUUUCGCAUUUCAUUGGUGUCUUUGUGUUAGUAUUUCCUUCAUCCUUUUUAUAUUAUUCCAAAAACGGACGGCAAGAAAUGUUAUGGGGGAAAAAAACUGAAAAUGUGCCCUUCGUUGCUCCCCCAACAGCAUUUUCCUUCGUGUUGAUUUAGUGAAAAUGUCUAGCAAAAAGGCAGGAAAUGUCAUUUCCGGGACCCUAACUUGAAAAAUUUCCUGAAGAAGUAUGCUCCCAGACCCCCUCUCUAAUUUUUCUUCCCGGCGUGCGUACAUCCUCCAAAUCUGGUUUGGUGACCAGCCGCAAUCAUCAAGCAUAUUUUAUUAUUUUCCACCUUCGAUGAAGAAUAAACGGCAAGUUCGCGCACAGCCUCACCCAUCAAAAAAUGCCGAGGCACGAAACUGCAACCAGUCUUUUAAUCUGAUGGCGAGGAAAAGAGCCAACUUCAUUGUGGGUUCAAAAGUGUAAACGAACUCCAACGUGAUUGCUUUUACAAAAAAAAUGAUUCAUGUGCUAGUGCUUGAGCUUAUGUUUACGUCCAAGCCGUUGUCAAGGUGAAAUAGGCUGUGCUUGUGAUAGACUGCGAGCAAUCUCUUAUUUUUUGAUUCACAGUAGAUCAUCAGAGCACGCGAAAGGAACGAGCCCACCCAAUCACUCCUGCUUUUAACAGUUAAAGUUACGUAAUCUUACUUUUUCGCUUGUCGCGCGUGGCUCUUAGGAAAGAAGGACGAACCAUUUUACGGUCCUUGCUUUACCUUUAAUGAAGGGAUAACUGAGAUGAUAUAGCGAAAACAGUUCAUAGUUCGUGGCGUUUCUGUUGCUUUAUCUCCAGCUGGGUGAGCUUUUCAAGUAAAGUUGUAUGAUCAGUUUCUUUCGAGCCUUCAAAUUGUGCCAAAAACGGAAGUGAAACUCACUAUUUUUCCUUUUUUUCAGUGUCACUUGUUGCCGUGAUAAAUACCCGAAGCAUCUUAUUUCAGAAUGGGACAAAUGGAAUGAAGAAAACAAUUCAGAGAACGAUAGACCAGGUUGAUAUUAAGCUAGAGUGCCAAACUUGCCUUGCAACUGCAACGCAGUAAACCCUUUGCAACUUGUUAUACAAUAAGAAGUGAAUUUCGGGAAAAACGUCACACUUUUUUACACUGUUCGUUUGUUUGUUUCAUGUUUCUUACUUUCUUGCAUGUUGAGUACCUCUUCUGAUUUAUCCGCGACAAAGAACCUGCAUUUUCUCAAGUUAGCCUGAACAGGUUCUUACAAACCAAACAAAACUAGCAAAAAUUAGGGCUAUUGGGGGUCUUAAAUAGGUUUUUAUUUUCCGAUGAAAAAAUACAGAGAGUAUUUAGAAGUGUUCAGCUCAUUCCUAUGGUAAAACCUGCAUACCAUCACCUUUGCAGUUGGAGUAAGUAGGCGUCUAUGUCUCCAAAGAGGUUCCUGAAUGUUGACUUAUCUUAUUUGCCCAAGUGUACAUGAUUUUUUAUAGAUUUUAAAAAGUAAGAACCUGUUUCAAAUUCUAGGCUAAACAGGUUCUUGUAUUUGCCUAACUGGCAAAUUUUAUCCUAGCAGGUCCUUAAUAACCAGGUUCUUGCUCGCGGAUUUUUACUGUAUUUUACCACAGGUUUUUUUUAACCACCGCUCAAUUCACUUCCAUUUUCUACUCAGAUAUCUUUCCAAAAGACCAAUAUUUCAUUGUGUUUGAAUUCUCCAAUGGCGGAAGAGACCUGGAAGGCCUUGAGUUUGGCGCCAUGGCAGAAGCCUGGAGUGUUCUACACCAGACCGCGCUCGGUCUGGCAGUGGCCGAGAACGCGCUUGAAUUUGAACAUCGUGAUCUUCAUUGGGGCAAUGUGCUGAUCAGUAGGACUGAAGACGAGUUUAUCGAGAGCUGCUUACUUGGGGAAAGAAAAACAGUGCCUACACAUGGCGUCCGUGUUAGCUUGAUAGAUUUCACUCUUUCAAGGCUUAAGAAGGGUAAUAAAACGCUACUCAUGUUAAACCUAAAACUGAGGCCUUCGGACCUUUACAGUCAAACCAGGUCAAGCGUUCCCGUCGCUAACAAACUAAUGAAUUCAUUAAUGGGAAAAUGAUUUCGUUUGUUGAUUCAAUAAUCCAUUCAUAAAAUGAAUAAUCCAACGGUCAAAUUGUACCUCGAUUCAAUAAUCAAAUGUUGAUUUGGUUUAUGAACAAAAUCUACCUGUUCUUUAUUCUUGUCUGUUGUGUUCAAUCGUAUUUGCUUCCCUUUUCCUGCCGUUUACGAUUGCGUUUUUCAUUGCCUUUAAUCAAAAUAACAGCUAGAACAGACAGACCGCAAACGCAAAGAAACUGACAAAGGUCGAGGAUCGAAAUCCACCAAUCACCGCACAUACACUGACCUCAGUUUGACCGUCGUGUUUUCUAAGAGGUCAGGCCUAGGUCUAUUGCACUGAUUAUUGGCAGCAAACUGGCGUACAUGUAACAGUUUGUUUGGGUUUGAACUUCAGAACUCGCCAGCACUCGACUCUCAGAAAAAAAGAGGAAAAAACAAAAUUCUGAGGUCAACUUGUGGAAAGUGUAAUUUUUCAAAAAACAGUAAUCGAAUCAACAUUCGAUUAUGGAAUCGAGGCUAAAUAUGACUAUUGGAUUGUUCAUUUUAUGAAUGGAUUAUUGAAUCAACAAACGAAAUCAUUUUUCCGUGAAUGAAUUCAUUAGUUCGUUAGCGACGGGAACGCUUGACCUGGUUUGACUGUAAAUACGUCUAGAAAACCUAAUCUUCAUUCAGACAAAAUAAGCUAACGAAUACGAAAAAGUCGUAUAAUUAGGUGGUUGUUACUCAAACUUUUAGAAUAUAAUAGAGACCAAUCGAAACCUUAAAUUUGAGAUUUGAAGACCACUACGACUACGACGGCGAUAUUUUCGCGUAUUCUCAAAAAAAUAGACUCACCAAAAAGUCAACACGGUUAUUUUUAUUGAAAGAGUAUAAGCCCUCUCCCAAUUGCAAAAUUAUAAAACUUCUAACAUUUUAUAACAAGUAUCCGUCACUUCUACUUUUUUUGCUAAAUCUCGUAGUUGAAUGACGACUGCCAUCGCGUUUUGCGGCCAAAAUGACGCUGGUUCACGCGCGCGCACUAAGAUUGAGAAAAUCUCGUUCUCGUUCUCGUAGUCGUCCUAGGGACAAGAACGACUACGAGUAUUUCUUAGAGUAUUUCUCAAUACUGAGUAUUGCUCAUGCGUGAACCAGCGUCAUUUUGGCAGGAAAACGUGAUAGCGGUCGUCAUUCUACUACGAGUUUUAGCGAGAAUGUCGUGGUGGUGGAAACAAGUUAUCAAAUGUAAGAAGUUUUAUCAUUUUGCUAUCUGGGGAGGGCUUUGGUGCCCCUUUUUGAAAGGUGUCCCCACAAUAUCAUCUCCACCGCGAGUGUAUCUGCUAAAAAAAUUUCAGUUCUGAAAGUUACCCGGCAAUUUUGUCGCGACAUAUGUUGAGCACCCUGAAAUGAAUAUGGCUCGUGACGUUUCCAGAUACACAAAGUAGAAAUUACCAGUUUCUUCUUCAACAAUUUUUUAUGUGGCAAGGGAAAUCUUUGUGCUCAUAGAGUAAAGCAUGGUCAAGUCUUUAACCUGCUUGUUGUUAUGUUUUCCUUGCACUAGAUGGUGUAACUGUAUUUUGCAACUUGGCCGAGGAUAAAUCACUCUUUACUGGCAAAGGAGAUUACCAGUUCGACGUGUAUAGAUUGAUGAAAAAGACAAACCAGUAAGGAUCAUAUCUUUGAAACUUAACCUAAAUAGAGUUAAACCAGGAGCUCAUGGUUAAACCUAUCUCGAAUUGAAAAGUUUUCAUCAUGACACUUAUUUCUUGAUCAACAGAAAUGACUGGGAAACAUUUGAACCACACUCCAAUGUCCUCUGGCUUCACUAUCUCGCCGACAAAAUGUUAAAGAAGAAGAAAUACGCCGCCAAAGACAAAGACACAGAGACGAAGCUUAGGAGAUUCCUAAGACAAGCGCGGAAGUGUUCUUCAGCCACGGAGAUUGUCGAAGACUUUUUUCAUUGAGAAUAAAGACCGCUCAUUAGGAGCUUGAGUGGGAGAUCAGAUCAGUGCAGGGACUCCCCCAUCAUUUUAACUCGAUGGAAGGGGAAAAAGUGGUUUUGUUCGGUAUCAUUAUAUCGCUUUUCCUUUGGGCGUCAGGUGGCGGGAGGUAGCUGAAGCUUUGUUGGAAUACAACGUUGACAAUGGUUGUUUUCUUUUUCGAAUGUAAUUUCGAAUAUUGUGUAUCGUAAUGUUUUGUAAAUACAGCUAUUUCAGUUGAAGGUCGGAUAGCCUACGCAACGAGACCGCAUUGCUCUAAAGGUAAUCUGAUUAAAUUGUACCAAACUCUUGUUAAAGCAACUCCUUCGUCAUAAAAUCACAAGGUUAAACGUUUGUGAUGUCUUAAACCGUUCUAUUGUACCGACGACCACAAAGUAAUGACCGAUUACAAAGGAGCAGAGCGACCCACAAGACCUUGCGCUCCUGUUGCAUACUGAGGCUGGACAUAGAGGCCUGUAAAUCCCACAGCGUUAAUUGAAAUAGCCAGUGUACACAGUGAAAGCCCAUUUUUGCGACCACCAAAGGUCCAUGUAAAUAGCUGAGUUUUCUUUCUUGUGUUUUCUUUUUUUACUUCUGAUCCGAAUGAAUAUGGUCGUCAGAAUAAGAAGUUGUUGUUUUAUCCGUGUGGAGAUAAGUCGGGGCAUAACUUUGAGGGCUCGUAAAAGAGGGUUAGUAAGCUACUAACAGUGGACACUUAGAGACGUUCUGUUUAGGUGAGUUUUAUUUGCUAUGUGGUCACUUGUAGAGAACACAAUAAACCUAAUAAAACUUGAAAAUAUGU